AUGCUGCCUUCCAAAACAGCAGCUAUGGAGAUCAAAUCUUACCAGAAUCAGGCUGGAGCUCUUCUUAAGGAAUAUGUGCUAGCAGAUUAUUUUAUACCCUAUGCUUCGAUUAUCGGUGGUCUUGUUGCUUGCAAGAUGGUCUAUGAUCUUACUCAGUUGAUCAGUGCAGUUCAUUUUAAGAGCUUUUCCAGCCUUUCAAAAGUCCAACGUAAUGAGUGGAAUAACCGGUCUAUAUCUACUUUCCAUGCCAUUUUUAUUACAGUUAUGUCAUUAUACUUCGUGUUCUGGUCUGAUCUUUAUUCUGAUGAACUACUUGCGGGCUUUGUUACAUUUCGGAGCUCAUCACUAUCUACAUUUUCUUUGGGGGUAUGA